CGGGCCCCCAGGAGGGGCGGCAGGCACCGGGCCCCCAGGCAGAGCGGGCGGGCCUCGGGCCCCCAGGCGGCGCGCCAGGCCCCCAGGCGGAGCGGCGGGCGCCGGGCCCCCCAGCGGAGCGGUGGGCGCCGGACCCCCAGGAGGGGCGGCAGGCACCGGGCCCCCAGGCGGAGAGCGGCGGGCACGGGUCAUCAGGCACGACAGCGGGCAUCGGGUCACCAGGCAUCAGGUCAUUUGGCUCGCCAGCAGGCACUGCGUCAUCUGGCAAGGCAGUGGGCACCGAGUCACCAGGCACGACAGUGGGCUCUGAGUCAAUUGGCACGACAGCGGGCACCGGGUCACCUGGUGCUGGAUCGUCUGGCUCAAACAAGCGGGCAUCGGGUCACCAGGCAUGACAGCGGGCACUGGGUCAUCAGGCAAUUGGAUCGUCUGGCUCGACAGCGGGCAUCGGUCACCAGGCAUGACAGCGGGCACUGGGUCAUCAGGCAUUGGAUCGUCUGCUCGACAGCGGGCAUCGGGUCACCAGGUAUGACAGCGGGCACUGGGGUCAUCAGGCGUGAUAGGAUCAUCAGGCUGGAUCAGUUCAUCAGGCUGGGUACAGACAUCAGGCUGGGUAGAGACAUCAGGCUGAAGUGCGGACGGCAGGCUCACCGGUUUGGAUACUGGCAGGAUGGUACUGGUUGGAAAGAAUUUUUCGCUUUUUUCUGGUUUUAACUACUGGAGCACUGCAAGUAAACGCAGGUCUGCAAACGAAUGGAGCAGCUGAGGACAGAGAAGAGCUGGAAGAUGGAACAGAGGAGGGAGCAGCCGCCACAGAGGACCUCUCCACAGGGCCAAAGAAAGGAUAGGUGCAGCGAGUGGGAGCAGGGGACUGGUAUGUGGUAGUUAG